AUGUUCAUCAUCAACUGGUUCUACGAUGUCUUGUCCUCCUUAGGCCUCCUUAACAAGAAUGCAAAGAUUCUCUUCUUGGGUCUCGAUAACGCCGGAAAGACUACUCUCUUGCACAUGCUCAAGAAUGACCGUCUUGCCACUUUGCAACCUACGCUCCAUCCUACUUCCGAAGAAUUGGCUAUUGGCAACGUCAAGUUCACAACCUAUGAUUUGGGUGGACAUCAACAAGCUCGUCGAUUAUGGCGCGACUAUUUCCCUGAAGUUUCAGGCAUUGUGUUCCUUGUCGAUUCAGCUGAUCACCGCCGUUUCCCAGAGGCCAAGGCAGAAUUGGAUGCUCUUCUUGCCAUUGAACAGCUCUCCAAUGUCCCCUUCCUCGUCCUUGGCAACAAGAUUGAUGCUCCCGGUGCUGUGAGUGAAGAUGAGCUUAGACAACAACUUGGCAUGUUCCAAACCACUGGCAAGGGUAAAGUGCCUCUCAAGGAUAUCCGACCUAUUGAAUUGUUCAUGUGCUCUGUGGUGAUGAGACAAGGCUAUGGAGAUGGUUUCCGUUGGUUGUCACAAUAUGUGUAG